UCUCUUUUGUGUCUCAAAUAGUCUAUGAGAUUGAGAGGGCUAACAUGGCAUAUGGAUUAAUAAUGAAAUAGUCACUAAAGUAUCCAUUCGUAGUUUUGCCUCUCUGUCUGUCUGUCAGUUGACAUAAACUUGUCUGGCAAAGUACUCCUACACUUAUAAAAAGAAAAUAUGUUGGAUUCCGUGGAAUAUCAAUAUUAAUUCAACCGUGAUCAUAUAAAAAAUGUUGUCUCACUCGUGAGAAAAAAUUUCUAUGAUCACCCAUGAAUUAAAAUCGAUAUUCCACCAAAUUCAACAAAUAUCCUCUAUUUAUUUAAAUAAAUAUCCAAAUUGCUGGAAUUACGCCCCUUUUAAACUAAGACUUUCUAUAAUAUUCUUGUCGCAACUUGCAAUAUAUAUAUAUUAUGGGGCAUCAAGAGCAUUCCUCAUUUUUGUGACAAGCUCUAGUAUUGUUCUAUGAUUAAGUAAAUAAAAUCUUGUGAUACAGUACAAACAACAUUAUCACUUUCCAUAAUAACUGUGAAUAGACAUACAUGAUGAUCAUAAUAACUUACUAUAUACUCCUAUGUUUGAGCUAUGUGACAUUGAUUAAAACCCACUUCUUUGCAUCGACCAUUCCAAGUCGGUGAUCCCAGUUUGUUCAUGUUUGUGUGUUUGUUAUGUAUUUCUUCGUCUUUUCUACAUUUGUUUUGUUUCUCCCAUUUUGGCAAUAAGUUACUUGCCAUAAAUAUAAGACCAUAAUCCAUAUCAAGGCUUCUCUCCUGCUGAUGCUGCUGAAGUUGCACUUGGUUUAUAUGUGAGUCGUGUUCUGAGAAAACUGGGCUUAAUGCAAUUGCGUAAAGUGUCAUCCCAGAUUAGCCUGUGCAGUUUGACGGCACUUUCCACUUUUAUGACAUUUUUCAUUUAAAUGAAGUCUCUUCUCAGCAAAAAUCCACUUAAGGCGGAAAGUGUCAUCCCAGAUUAGCCUGUGUGGACUGCACAGGCUAAUCUGGGAGGACACUUUACGCACAUGCAUUAUGCCCAGUUUUCAUAGAACACAACUCAUAUUAGCCCAUAUGAGCUAAUCAGGGAACCACUUUCCGGCUAAAUUGAAAGUUCAUGAGGAAGAGACAUCCUUCACACGUAAAAUACUAUAAAAGCAGAAAUUGUCAUCCCUGACAGGCCAGUGCAGACUUCACAGGCAAAUCUUUGAUGACACAGUGCAUCAAUGCAAAACAAAACUAAUUCAUCGAUUUAAUUUAUUUUAUACUUAUGUUUCCUCCAUGCCACAGGUAUGUGGACCGCCUGCGAGACUCGUUACGACAGACGCUGACUCUGGCUGACAAGAUGGUGUUCUAUGAGAAGGAAAUGGUGUCGCGUCGUUACGCAGCCAUAGAAGAAGAACAGGAGCUGCACCCUAGAGUGGCUUUCAUGGUGAAGAGGACCAAAGAGAUGCAAAAACAGAUGGAAAAGGAGAUUUCAAAAAAGUACAAAGACAGGCCUGUCAACAUUAUGGGGAAAAAUUGAUAAAUUGAUAAAUGUUUAGACAAAUAGAAAUACGAGUCGCAUUCUGAGAAAACUGGGCUUAAUGCAUGUGCGUAAUGUGUCCACACAGGCCAAUCAGGGACGACACUUUCCGCCUAAACUUGAUUUUCGGUAAGGAGGGACUUCCUUGAAACUAAAAAUACAUUAAAGCGGAAAGUGUCGUCCCUGAUUAGCCUGUGCGGACUGCACAGGCUUAUCUGGGACGACACUUUACGCACAUGCAUUAAGCCCAGUUUUCUCAGAACAAGGCUCAGAUAUGUUUGCAUCACAUUAUAAGAUAAAUAUUACAUGCACUCCAUUUAGGCAGUGCAUAGGACAUUCAAAAUGGUUUAACAUUAUCAGUGGUUUAAUGGGCACUUAAGUAGCAAUCGAGCCACUAUGCCAUAAAUUACAAAUCAUGUACAACUUCAUCUACUAGUUAGCAAGUUUUUGUCGGACAUCAGUAUUUACCAGAUGUUCUAAUUAUUUUGUGUUUUGUAAUGCAUACACGCAAUUAGCUUUUUCACACACAGAAACUUGUUUUCUUGAAGUUGAAGCAAUAUUCUUAAAAGUCAAGAAUUAUAUUAAAACAAUUGCAAUGUUAAGAAAUUUCGGCAAAAUGAAAUUUAACCCCCGACCAAUGCGCUUGAGAUUUUCGUUCAUCUACAUAAAUAGGGCAGAUCUCAAUGAUUUUUUACAACCUCUUAUUUAAUCAUAAGCUGCUGUGGUUAACACGCACACAUUAUUGACAUUCUUGAUAUUUUACCUUUAAAAACUUGUUAUUUUUUGUUGUAAACAGAUAUCUGAAUGAUCGCAAAUGUACAAAUUAAUGAAUUAUAAAUUCACUGUUUGGAUUUUCUCCGUUAAAAAGAGAUAUCUUUGUUUGCACAAAGAUCUAUAAAUAAACAUGUUUACAUUCGCUUGAAAAUAACAAACACAGGAUAUAUCAGUGAAUUUUAAUGCAAUAUUUUUUAUUAUUAAGAGUGUAUUUGGAGAAAACUUGUAUAUUUUGUCAGAGAAAUACACGCUGACCAGUGUGUGAGAUUACAACAAUUAUAGUGAUAUACAUGUAUGCCCCCUUUCGAUAAAGAGGGGGUAUAUUGUUUUUCACAUGUCGGUCCGUUGGUCGGUCCGUCCACCAAAUGGUUUCUGGAUGAUAACUCAAGAACGCUUAGGCUCAGGAUCAUGAAACUUCCUAGGUACAUUGAUCAUGACUGACAGAUGACCCCUAUUGAUUUUCAGGUCAAAGGUCAAGGUCACUGUGAGUCGAAAUAGUAAAAUGGUUUCUGGAUGAUAACUCAAGAAUGCUUACGCCUAGGAUCAUGAAACAUCAUAGGUACAUUGAUCAUGACUGGCAAAUGAUCCCUAUUGAUUUUCAGGUCACUAGGUCAAGUUAACAGUGACUUGAUGCAGUAAAAUAGUUUCUAACGUAUUCAAACAGUGGCUGCCACUACAACGGACAGCCCAUUUGGGGGGCAUGCGUAUUUUACAAACAGCCCUUGUUUGUUUUGUAAUUCUAUUAAAGUAUGUGCUUUUCUAAUGUUACUAUUGUAUGAAAUACAAUGCUCUCAUGAAAAUUUAUUGUUGAAUUUGUUCACAUAAAUAAAUGAUGAAGUUUU